UGCAACACUGUUCAAUUCUUCUGACAGUUGGAUUUUAAUUUGGCGCAAGAAUUGGUAAAAAAACCAUUUCAAGUAGAAAUAUUUUUUCUUCGGCGAUUUUUGGUUAUAUGCGAAUUCUUUAGCACCCAUGAGUUUUGAUGACACUAUCAAUGCAUAUUUCGUCACCACAAAUACUGUGGAAGACCGCAGCUCAACAAAAUGCAAGGAUUUGGAAACAGCAUUUAAAUGCCUGCAAAACCAUAUAGCUGAAGAAAAUAUACGGCAGAUAAAUGCCAGCGAGGGUUACCCGCUCAUAGCCUCGAGACAACUAACAAAGAAAGAUGUAUUCGUGUUCGAUCAGUUUGAAGGUGAUUUUUUUAAACAACUCCAGCUAACAAAGUCGCUCAUAAUAGGCCCACGAUGCCUUAUAACCUGUUUGCAAAACUCUCUACCUGUGCCUCUUGGCACAAGUCCAAUCUAUACAACAGCAAUGCGCGACUUGCAAAUAUGUGCAACUGGUAUUGCGUUAGACCAAAAAGAACGGCUACGAACGUAUAUACAAUGGAUGGGUGGUUAUUACUUCCAGAAUCUUAGUCGGCCGGUUACACAUCUAAUAUCUAACACAAUAAAGUCGACAAAAUACGAGCAUGCGACGAUGAACGGCAUACCGGUGAUGCACGUCGAUUGGGUACAACGGGUUUGGGAGCGCAGCUGUAUUGAAGAUGUGUCGGCAACAGAUGAAGAAUUCGAUAAGUAUAAGCUACCUAUCUUCUUUGGAACGAACAUAACAUGUACAGGAUUGGAAACGGAAAAGAAAAAUGAGAUAAUGCGUUUAGUGAAUGAGAACGGUGGCACAUACCACUGUGCAUUUCGUUCAGCGCUGGUCGAUAUAGUGAUUACUGAGAGGGGGAAUACAAAUUCCGACAAAUAUAAGGCAGCUGUGCGUUACAAGAAAGAUAUUCUUUGUCCCGAAUGGAUAUUUGAUAGCGCAGAAAAAGGCUUCGCGCUGCCUACAAAGGGCUAUCAAGUUAAAUCUUUGAAGGUAUCUACUCCAAUUAAAGGAGAUCGCAGUAUUGCAGAUUUUACGCAGUUGUCGGAUACAUCACGUAUAAGCGUUAUGGCUGGUCCCGCGCGUGUCGGAUCCAUGACUGUUAAUGACACAAUUUGUAGUGGUUUAAAUGAAACAGCCAAACAAAAUGAUGGGACAUUUGUAGCGCCAAUUAUCCGUUUAACUGGAUCUAAAGAUUUGCAAAGAGAAGUACACCGCAAGCAGGGCGCAGCAGUUCACUACCGUUUGGUGUAUGAAGAGAUAUGUCCCAAGCAAGCGAAAAAAGCUGGUAAUUUUCUUGAUGGAUGCUGCAUUUAUUUGAGUGGCUUCCGUUUAGAAGAGAGGGAAAAGUUAAAUAGAAUACUUAAUGUUGGGGGUGCAACGCGUUAUGAUGUCGUGAAUGAGAAAAUUACACAUAUUAUUGUUGGCCAACUAGAUGAUGGGGAAUUACGCGCUUGGCAACGUGAUGGCAUAUUGACAACUGUAAAUAUUGUUCGACUUGAUUGGCUACUUCAAAGCAUUAAGUUGAAGCAACCGGCCAGCGAAGUCGUUUAUCGGAUGUCACUUCCAACGACCCGUGAGCCAGACGCGCCUUCACCCUCCAGCAAAAAAACUUUACGCUCUAUGAAUAAAAGCUUCAAACAACCAGAUAAGCCGAAAAAGAAGCUCUUUGAACCGGAAGAGAAAUCUGCCGAAACAGCGGGGACACCCUCAGCUUCAGCCGAUUUACCCUUAGAAGAAGAAGAGCAACAUCUCAUUGCACAGUAUUCACAAGAAAAUGAGCCAGCAGUUGCAGUACCAAAUCCCAUGGUGGCCAUUAAACCAAACAAUGCUACAAUGGAUUCAACAUUAACUGCACCCAUGGCUUCGUCAACUUUAAAGGCGGUAGUGAAUAUCGUUCCCCCGCCUGCAUCUACUACAUUAACUGAGAAUGAGAAUUCGGCAAAGAUCAACAGUGAAAUUGAUUUUGAUAAUUUGGACUUCUUCGAUGGCAAGUCUCUAUACAUCGAUCGCGCUCAUUUCCCUGAAGAAUUCUACUCCCAAAUGCUAAGCGAAUGCGAAGCAGCGCAUGGCGACAUAGUACCGCCCACUUUCGUAGAUAUGGUUGACUAUGCAAUUGUGUCGUUUGAGCGCACGUUAAAUGCACGCGAGUUGCCGGUCAAGGCACGCCACAUCGUAACGGAUCUGUAUGUGGAAAACUGCAUGAAACAAAAUAAAUUGGUGCCCAUAGAAUAUUUCCAUCGUCACGUGCCGCACACGGCUAACGCGCAACCCCUAGAAGGCAUGACUAUUGUUAUUUCCAUAUAUACUGCUUUGGAAUAUGAUUUUAUUGAUUCUGUGGCGCAAUUGCUGGGUGCCACUGUCAAUCGCGUACUGGCCAAAAAAGAACGCCCACUUCUAAUUUGCCCACGCGCAGAAGGUUCUAAAUAUGAGGGGGCCAUUAAGUGGGGUUAUCCCGUAGUGACAUCUGCAUGGCUGGUGCAAUGUGCUAUAGAAGGAAAAAAACUACCAUUUCAGCACUACCUAGUGGGCAACAGUCCAUCCGAUUUUCCUGUGUCACCAACUUUGCGUGAAAAAAAUUUGCCCAAUCCAACAGUCUGCACACCUGCAACUUCUGCCAUUGAACCUAUGGAUACCAAUCCACCAGUGUGCACACCUGCAUCUUUUGCCAUUGAACCUAUGCAUACCCAAGAAAAUGCGGAAAAUGAUCUCACUAAAGGAGUGACUGCAGUAAAAGAUUUCACUCCUCUUCGCAAUAAACGUGUCACCGAAUUGGCAGGGUCCCUUUCUCGACCAUCUGUGCCCAAUAUAACAAGUAACACUCCAAGUACGCCUGACUCUCCUCAUACCCCUACAAACACGUAUGGUCGUUCUUCCUGUAAUUUUGAAUAUUUAGAGGGUGUUGUGGCUGAACUGGAUAACGAAGAUGCGCGUGCUUGUCUUCGUGAACUAAUCGAAGAGAUGCGCAACAAUCAGACGCCCGAGUUGGAACGUAUCCGCCGACAGGCAUGCACUCCAAUCAAUCGCAAGUUGCCCACACCGAAAGGAAUUCCAGAUUUUUGCACUACACCCGAAUUUCAAAAACGAAUAGCUGAAGCAUUUGAACGACGCUGGCGCUUGCCAACAAAAAAACUAAAGGUUGACACACCUAUAGACGAGUUGCGACACCGUGUCCUGGUAUCCACAUGUGAGGCUCUAGGCGUCCCAUUUAGUGAUACCGAAGAUACGCCUAUGACCAGUGCCCAAGCAGCUAAGAAAGCUUUGGCUGCAACAGCAGAAAUGUCGGCAUUGGCGGCACUAACGUCAAAUACGUAUAUAAGUCCCAAACGUAAAUCUCCUAACACCUCAAACUAUGAGUCGCGCUAUCAACAAACGGGCGUAGUGCCACGCGCAAUCUUUGCCACAAGUUUAAAUAACAGUCUGAACACAAGCGCACAACGUUCAGCGCGUGUUUCAGAAGGCGAUGCUUUUGUGCCGAGUACUCAAACGCCUACCAGAAGCGGUAGCUUGGGUGCUGCCGAGUCUCGAAUGGUGCAGCACGCAAGCUUUGGCAAAUCGACGUUAGAUUUUGACAAAAUUAGUUUCGAAAACACUGAAACGGACACUGUGGCAUCCCACAGCAAAAACACGCAUAAUCAAAGUGGUAUCCGCUCAGCAUCGGCCCUGGCCACAUCAUCACCAGAACUGCAGAAAAUCACUGAGUAUCUCAAAAAUUGUGAAUCUCGCAGGCAGAGCCUAAAAGAAUCGAGGUGCACAGCUGGCGUGGGAAAUGCAACUGGUAGCGGUAUCACUGAGAGUGCAGACAAUAUGGUCGAUAAUAUAGAAACAGGUGGACCGGCGUAUGGUGCAGGAGAGACGGAAACCCAACAUUACGUGCAACCCUUUGAAUCGGAACAAUUUGGCGUUGGCACUGAAAACAUGGUUGGCUGGCGCGACCCUGUGGAGUUCGGCAGGGAAAGGCGCUCGAAGGCAUCACCAAGCAUGCAGUACAAGGGCACACCACGCUUCAGCAUUUCAUGUGUAGACGAGGACAUACGGAACGAUGUAAUCAACAAAAUUCAUAAACUCGGCGGAACUGUAUCUGAGAAUCUUGUCAACUUUGACCCUGAUUGUACACAUUUUAUUUGCGAACGGCCAAAUCGCGGCGAGAAGAUGCUCGGUUGCGUCUCAUCAGGUAAAUGGGUGCUCAGCCUCAAAUAUAUAGAAGAGUGUUACGCAAAGGAUGUUUUUGUUGAUGAGGAACUAUAUGAAUGGGGCAACAGCAAAGCGUUAAAUUUGCCACAGUUGACACCAGAUGAGCAGCUUUUGUCCUUGGCGGUGCAUCGUUGGCGCAAGAAGCUCAAUGGUGCCACAUCUGCUGAUGGGAAGAAGUUGGGAGCCUUUAGCGGAUUUCGUAUUAUACUUCAUAUUGCUGAACGUAAUUCAGAGGCGGUAAAGAACGUUUUGCGUGCCGGUCAUGCCGAGGUGUUGGCGGUGCAGUCGCCAUUCAGUGCGUGCAGUGCGGCGAGAAAUGUAACGCAUUGUUUCGUGGAUGUGAAAAAAGCACCACUGACACGCGCCGAUUAUGAAUAUUUGCGUACGCUUGGUGUACAAAUCUACUCGCAAAUGUACAUUAACGCUUUUCUAAUGUAUGGCGAGGAUGUAGAUGCCGCCAAGUAUGAAAUCCAAAUUCAAUAGAUUGAGUUGAAAAACCGAAGGAAGUGAGACACAAUUCAAUAUUGGGUAAAUACGUAAAAUGUGUCUGUCGUAUCUUAUUCGAUUAAGGUGUACAAUUUUUAUUUUUGAUGAAAAUCAAUAUAUAAUGAAUUACUUAACUACACAAAA